AUGAAGCAACUAUCAAGUUCAACAGUUAUAGGAAACAAGAGGAAGAUACCAUCAUCAUCUACCAAAGAAAAUUCUUCAUCUACACCGAAUAAUAGUGGAUCAAGUCCGAUGCUCAUGUAUGGGGUAUUUCAAAGAUCGCUAUUGACUCCUUUGAGUGUGUUGACUAACGAUCGAAAUGUUGUUAAUACGACUAUUCGUAACACAAACAACAAUUCUAUAUUUUGUGGGACAUAUCAGACACCAACUUGCAAGAACGAAGCAGUACAAAAUAUGAGCUCUAUAUGCAUUGAUAAGAACAAGGCUACUGCCUCCAGUAGGCUGAAAGAUACGGUUGAACUAACACCUUCUUUGCCUUGUAGUGACGUUACAAAUGGUAAUGUUAACACUACAGUCGAUUUUGCAGGAAUGCCUACAAGAAAUAUUCCAAAACAUCCUCUUACACAGGUGGUAAUAUGUCGGGACUUGAGUCAACAAUUUGACGAGGUUCAUGAAGAUGUAGUAAAUUAUGUUGAAUAUGCUGAUUGUGGUGAUCCUAUGUAUAGUUGUGAGCAUUGUUCUGCAACAUUUUGCUUAUUACCCCAACAUGGUAAUCAACCGAAAUUUGCUCAAUUGUAUAUUCACGACACAGAAAAUGAGAUUAAUAAUCGUAUUGGCUCUGUAAGGAAGAACAACGAUAAAGAUAGCAUUCAUGUUGAUGUUGUUUCCGAUAUUAAAAAUGUUCUUGACGAGAAUAAUGUUUUAGUCAAAUCAUUUCGCAAUGCCAAGACACAAAUUGAAUCAAACACAUGUGUAGAAAUCAAGAUGAGACUAAUUGGUAAACGAAAUAAAGAUGCCCGAACAUAUAACCUACCAACAGUGUCAGAGGUUGCAGCACUCAUUGUGGGCGACUUGGACCCAACAAUGGGCGAACGUGACAUAUUGGUUGAGACACGGUCUGGCCUCUUGAAAAGGAUCAGUGAAUUGCACCCAUCAUACUUACCUUUGCAAUAUCCAAUCUUAUAUCCAUAUGGUGAAGAUGGUUACAGAGAGGAUAUACAACUGUGUAGAGAUUCCAACAUCCAAACAAAUGGUAGGCAUCGUAUUUCAGCAAGGGAAUUCUUCUCUUUUCGCAUUCACGAACGGCCUGGAGAAUUAUCAACAUUGCUAUUCUCUAAGAGGUUAUUUCAACAGUUCGUGGUAGACGCAUACACAAUGGUGGAAACAGGAAGGCUUAUAUACAUAAGGAACAACCAAAAAUCCUUAAGGUGUGAAGCUUAUAAAGGGUUGUCAGAUGCACUUACGCGUGGUGAGAUUGAUCCUAGCACACAAGGCAAGCGUAUUAUUCUACCAUCUAGCUUCACCGGUGGUGCUCGGUAUAUGGUACAAAACUACCAGGAUGCUAUGGCCAUAUGUCGUUGGAUAGGUUAUCCAAACCUAUUCAUCACAUUCACAUGUAAUCCUAAGUGGCCUGAAAUUCAACGAUACCUAUCUCAACGUGAUUUAAAAACUAAAGAUAGACCUGACACUGUCUGUCGUGUUUUUAAAAUGAAGUUGGAUGAUCUGAUAAAGGAUUUGCGAUCAGGAGAAUUAUUUGGUACAGUUAGAGCAGUGAUAUACACUAUUGAGUUCCAGAAGCGUGGUCUACCGCAUGCUCACAUUCUACUGUUUUUAGCAAACAAUAAUCGGAAUGCUGAUUCGAAUUUCAUUGACACAAUUAUAUCAGCAGAGAUACCGAACAAAGAAGUGGAUCAACAAUACUACGACGUUGUAGAAGAAUUCAUGGUCCAUGGUCCUUGUGGACAUGUAAGAAAGCAAUCUCCUUGUAUGGUGAAUGGGAAGUGUUCAAAGCAUUUCCCCAAAAAAUUUGUUGACUCAUCCAAUUUUGAUGAAAAUGGUUACCCAAUCUAUAAGCGUAGAGAUGAUGGUAAGAUUGUAACCAAAAAUGGUAUUCAAUUGGAUAAUAGAUAUGUUGUACCACACAACAUGCACUUGCUUCUGAAGUAUAGGGCUCAUAUGAACGUGGAAUGGUGCAAUCAAUCAAGGUCCAUCAAAUACUUAUUCAAAUAUGUGAAUAAAGGGAAUGAUAGGGUCACAGUCGAGUUUUAUAAAAGCACCUCUGACGAUCAUGGUAAUGAAGUUAUUGAUGAGAUAAACAUGUACUAUGACUGUCGGUACAUAUCAGCUUGUGAGGCUACAUGGCGUCUGUUUAGCUUCGAGGUGCAAUUCAGAACACCAGCUGUUGAGAGGCUAAGUUUUCACUUACCAGAUUGUCAAACAAUUAUAUUUGAGGAUGACGACACAGUUGACAACGUUCUGAUGCGAGAGACAAUUGGUCAGAGUAUGUUCAAUGGAUGGUUUGAAGCCAACAAAAGGUUCCCUGAGGCAAAGUUACUAACUUAUAUUGAGAUGCCAAAUAAGUUUGUUUGGAAAAAGGACAUCCGAGAAUGGAAUCCAAGAAAGAAAGGGUUUUCAAUUGGUCGUAUUUUUUAUGUACCUCCUGGUACUGGAGAGUUGUAUUAUUUGAGAUGCCUUCUAAACAUAGUUCGUGGACCUACAAGUUUUGAGGAGAUCCGAUGCUUUAAUGGUGUACAAUACCAGUCAUUUAGAGAUGCAUGUUAUGCACGUGGUCUAUUAGAUGAUGAUAAGGAGUAUAUUGAUGCUAUUAAAGAAGCAAGUCAUUGGUCAUCUGCUCAAUCUAUGAGAAAACUUUUUGUCACGUUGUUGACAUCAAAUUCAUUUAAUAGACCAGAAAUUGUUUGGAAUGAGGUUUCUCAUUUCCUUUCUGAAGAUGUACAAUAUAAUCAGCGCAGACUUUUAUUAAUAACAGAUUUGGUGUUAACAAAUGAUGAGAAGGAGAAUUUAACUCUAAUAGAGUUAGAGAAGUUGUUAGAAGUCUACAACAAAUCUUUAAAAGACUUUCCUCCAAUGCCUCAACCGAUUUGUUCUUCUUCAAGGCUAAAUGGUAAUCGUUUGUUGUUUGAAGAAUUGUCAUAUGAUCGUGCAGCCCUUGCAGAUGAGAGUGUUAGGUUGGCAGGGCAACUAACUCAAGAGCAAAGGGGUGUGUAUGAUACAAUAAUUGGAGAUGUUGCAUCUAACGGUGGUGGAUUAUUCUUUGUUUAUGGCUACGGCGGAACAGGGAAGACAUUCCUAUGGAAGGCUCUAUCUUCCACAUUGCGGUCGCAAGGUGAAAUAGUUAUCAAUGUAGCUUCAAGUGGCAUUGCUUCGCUACUUUUGCCUGGAGGUAGGACUGCACACUCAAGGUUUGCUAUACCUAUUAAUAUUAAUGAGGACUCCACAUGUAAUAUUAAACCAGGUGGCGACCUUAGUGAGUUGAUUGUCAAGACAAAGCUAAUCAUUUGGGACGAAGCUCCCAUGAUGCACAAACAUUGCUUCGAAGCACUAGAUAGAACUAUGCGAGACUUGCUGCGCUUCGCAAAUCCUCUCAGUGAGAUUUCUACAUUCGGUGGUAAGACGGUCGUUCUAGGUGGUGAUUUCAGGCAGAUCUUACCUGUAAUUCCAAAGGGGUCGAGGCAAGAUAUCGUUUCUUCAACAAUCAAUUCAUCCUACCUUUGGCAGAGUUGUAAAGUACUUUGGUUGACCAAAAAUUUGCGCCUACAUCGUUUGGAGAAUGUCCUAGAAAUAGAACAGGUAGAACAAUUUGCAGAGUGGAUUGCUGCUAUUGGGGAUGGUACAACAGGUGCAUCGAAUGAAGAUUGUGCAGAGGUUGAAAUUCCUGACGAAAUGCUUUUGUCAUCAACUGGUGACCCCAUCGCAACCAUUGUUGAAAGUACAUUUCCUAUGUUCCAAAAUGGUUCGUGCGAUAAUAGUUUUCUUGAGAGUCGGGCAAUUCUUGCACCAACACUUGAUGUUGUGAGCGCAGUUAAUGAAUACAUGAGUAACAUGCACGAAGCUGAGAGUAGAACAUAUCUUAGUUGUGAUUCUGUUUGUAGAGCUGAGAAUGGAGAUGGGGUACUUGCAAACGUACACAUACCUGAGUUCCUUAAUGGUCUUAAGGCAUCUGGUAUACCAAAUCAUUCAUUAACAUUAAAGGUUGGUUCACCAGUUAUGUUGUUAAGAAACAUUGAUCACUCACUCGGACUAUGCAAUGGUACUAGAUUGGUUGUCACCAGGCUUUCAGAACAUGUCAUUGAGGCUAAAAUAAUGUCAGGCAGUCAUGCAGGUACACGGGUUUUGAUUCCUCGGAUGAGUAUGACUCCCUCCGAUCCGAGAUUGCCAUUUAAGUUCAGUAGAAGACAAUUCCCAGUAAUGCUUUCUUAUGCCAUGACCAUUAACAAAAGUCAAGGUCAAACAUUAUCACAUGUGGGGUUGUUAUUGAAAAAACCGGUGUUUGUGCAUGGUCAAUUGUAUGUUGCUGCUUCAAGAGUUAGUAAUCCAACUGGUUUAAAGAUUUUUCUUUGUAAUGAUUUAGAUAAAUGUUGUAAGUCAACAACUAAUGUUGUUUACAAAGAAGUAUUCAAUAAUUUGUAA